AUACAUAGUUAUUUCCUAAAGUUUUUAAUUAAGUUGGAACAAAAUGAAAGGAGGUUCAAUUGAGCUUGGUGAAGUGUCUAAAAAUGCAUCCAAAAGAAAAGGGGUGAAAAGAGGGUUAUCUAUAAUGGAUUUUAUUUUGAGAAUAAUUGGAGGUGUUGCAACACUAUCUAGUGCUGUGGCUAUGGCAACAACUAAUGAGAGGCUUCCAUUUGCUACAAAUUUUGUACAAUUUAGGGCUGAAUAUGAUGACCUGCCCUCAUUUGUGUUUUUUGUGAUGGCCAACUCUCUUGUUUGUGGCUAUCUUGCUCUUUCAUUAAUCCUAUCAAUAUUACAUAUAGUCAGGAGCACUGCUGUAAAAAGUAGAAUUCUCCUCAUUAUUCUUGACACGGUAAUGAUGGGUCUACUAGCAGCAGCAGCCUCAGCAGCAGCAUCAAUUGUGUACAUAGCACAUUAUGGAAACACACAAGCCAAUUGGUUUCCUAUUUGUCAACAAUACAACAGUUUCUGUGAACGUAUUUCUGGUUCUCUUAUUGGUUCUUAUAUCGCUGUUGCUCUGUUUGUAAUAAUAAUUCUCCUCUCACAUGUUGCAAUCUCUAGAAACUGAUUAUGUGUGCUAUUUCUCUUCAUGCAUGUAUGUAUGAAAUUGUGUGUAUUUUCCCCUAUAGUGUGUGUGCAUUUGUAUCAAAGUGUUUUUUCUCUGGCUUGUUUAGGUACAAUUUGAAGUUUCUUCUGAUGAUUUAUCACAUGUUAAUUAAGAGUUUCA